UCGUCUUCAUUCGCAUUUUUGCUCCAUAGGCCCGACUGAUCAGGAUCGGCAGGGUAUACGCCUGCAAACUAUGGCUUUUCAAUGAAUUGGCGAUAGUAAUGUCUCUGAAUGAAAAACUGCAAAACUUUUUUUUGUUAAAAAGUAAUUAAAUAAAUAUUGAGCAGUGAUGCUAGUGUCGAUAGCAUGGGUGCCCGCUGCAUUGGCUGGGCUCAUUGCGAUCCAUUUUGCCCAGAAGCGGUGCUUCCCUUACUUCUGGAAGGACGUCUUCUACUUAUGGAAAGUAAUCCAGUACGGCGUGAGGCUGGAGCUGUACAAGAAGAGGCGCAGGGUCUUCACCGUGCUGGACCGAUUCGUGCAGCGGGCUGAGCAGAUUCCCCGCAAGCCGUUUGUCAUUUAUGAUGGGGUCCCGUACACUUAUCGAGACGUGGACGAGAGGAGCAAUAAAGUCGCUCAUGUCUUUGAGGAGCACGGGGCAGCGAAGAAGGGCGACACUGUAGCGCUGCUCAUGAACAACGAACCCGACUUCAUCAGCGUCUGGUUCGGACUCAGCAAGCUGGGCUGCGCCGUGGCUUUCCUCAACACCAACAUCAAGGGCAAAUCGCUUCUGCACUGUUUCAGCUGCUGCGGAGCCAAAGUCCUCGUCGUCGGUGCAGACUUGCUGGACAUGUUGGAGGACAUUCUGCCCAACCUUCUGGAGCACAACAUCAGCAUUUGGGCUAUGAAUGCAGAGAGCUGCCUACCCGGGGUGCAGACCCUGCUGGACAAGGUGGAGCGGGCCCCUGCCCGGCCUGUCCCAGCGGAACGCAGGGCGGUCACCUCCCUCAAGACCCCCACUCUCUACAUCUACACAUCGGGGACCACCGGCCUACCCAAAGCGGCCGUGGUCACGCACAUGCAGUCCACGAAGGCGGCCGCGGGCUUCUGGGCAUACGGCGGUCAUGCAGAUGACAUCAUCUACAUCCCACUCCCCCUAUACCACAGCGCCGCUUCACUCAUUGGCGUCGGGGGGACCAUCGAGAUGGGGGCGACCUGUGUUCUGAAGAAGAAGUUCUCAGCCUCACAGUUCUGGAAUGACUGUCGAAAGUACAACGUGACCAUCAUCCAGUACAUCGGAGAGCUCUGCCGGUACCUCUGCAGUCAGCCCAAGUCAGAGUUGGACUGGCAGCACAAAGUGCACAUGGCUGUGGGGAACGGCCUGCGCCAGGACGUGUGGCAGGAGUUUCACCGGCGCUUCGGCGAGAUUCGCAUGUGCGAACUGUAUGGCUCCACCGAGGGCAACCUCUGCUUCAUGAACCACGUGGGCAAGAUCGGCGCUGUGGGACGGUCCAACUUCUUCUACAAGCUUUUUUUUAAAUACGUCCUUGUGAAGUACGACAAAGUCAGAGAUGAACCUGUACGCAAUAAGCAUGGAUUCUGCAUACCUGUAGCAAAAGGUGAAACUGGUCUGCUCCUGUCCAAGGUCAACGCACAGACCCCGUUCUUCGGCUAUGCCGGGAGUAAGCAGCUGACAGAGAGGAAGCUGCUGCGGGACGUGUUCGCCAAAGGGGACAUGUAUUUCAACACAGGCGACCUGAUGGCCGAAGAUAAGGAGGACUUCAUCUACUUCAAGGACAGGAUUGGCGACACCUUCAGGUGGAAGGGGGAGAAUGUGGCCACAACGGAAGUGACUGAAAUCCUCGGACUUCUGGACUUCAUCCAGGAGGCCAAUGUUUACGGUGUGGAAGUUCCAGGACAUGAAGGAAGAGCUGGAAUGGCAGCAGUCAUUAUCAGACCUGGGAACAACUUUGAUGGGAAGAAGCUAUUCCAUCAUGUGCUUGAUCACCUACCAAGCUAUGGUCGGCCAAUUUUCAUUAGAAUUCAGGAACUGAUGGAGCUGACUGGAACCUUCAAGCAACAGAAGUUUAAAUUAGUAGAUAGUGGCUUCAAUCCUUCAGUGAUCUCUGACCCACUUUAUGUCCUGGACAAUGUGGAGAAGAGCUACAUCGUACUGACCGAUGCAGUUUAUAAUCGCAUUGUGUCUGGGCAACAGAAGCUAUAGCAGUAUCAAAAAUAAACCUUAACACUUUUUUUGGAUUUUGCUCCUCAAGAAAGUACUAGCUAUUAAGAUGGGACACUUUUAAUGCUAGGCUUAAGGUCACACAAAAUAAUAUCCAGAACCUAGUGAUGGCUAAAUGAAGCUUCAUGAACCAUUUGCUGUACUUUGUGACCCCACUAGAUGGUGCUCUCUGUUCAGAAAAAGGACUCAAAGCAUGCACCAAGCAAACCAAUACUACCAUCUAGUGGAAUAAAAAAAUACAGCAAAUGGUUCAUGAAGCUUAAUUUGGCCAUCACUAUCAGACUCUGCUCUGAGUAAUGAAGUACUAAAGUAUAAUAAUAAUGUUGUGCCAACGUGUGUGUGGAGAUAACUGAGUGAAGUUUAUAGUCGUCAUAAGUGAGCCAGAGUCCUAAAGCUCAGAGCUAAAGCUAAAGCUUUGGCUAUUUAUUCUUAUUUUUUACAUUACUGAUGUCUCAAGUGGUACUUUCUCUGUUCUGUUGUGAAACAGACCCAGAACAGCAGGCAUUAUGACUUACGGACCAGUGAACUUGUUACAGCCUGUCAUUUCCUGCUAUUGUCAUGUCAGUGAUUUCGGCUUUUCACUCUGAGUUUUCACAUGUGACUUUUGUGAUGAAGUCGUACGGUUUCGGUUGAAUAAUGUGAAAUGAUUACUGUAUGGUUGCAUAGACUCAGAAUGGGGUAUAAUAAGGUUUGAGAACCAUUUCAUUACUGACCUAUUGCAGAAGAUCUUACGACUGACUGAAUUUUUUCAGACAGUUUCACCUUCUUUUCAAGUAAAAUUUAUUCUGAACUAUUUGCAAGGUUUCAUGCUUACACAAAAUUAUUUAUAAUACAGAAAUAAGCAUUAUGUAACUGUGUGUGUGUGGAAUUUGCAUGUCCUCCCUGUAUUUUGUGGGAUACCAUGGUUUUCCCCCAGUCAGUGUAAAGCAGACAUGCAGUCAGGUGAACUUGUGCCCCAAAAUUGCCUAUUGUGUGUGUACCCUGUGAUGGACUGGCAUCCCAUCCAGGAUGUACCCCUUCCACAUGCCCUGUGCUGCCUGCUGCCUGGGAUAGGCUCCAACGCACCCACCACAAACUGAAUAUUAAGUGGUUAUGAGCUAGAUGAAUGAAUGGUUUUUAAACUCUGUUAUACCCCAGUCCUGACAGUUGUUAUUUCCGGUAUGCACUCAGUGGCCAAUUUAUUAGGUACAUUGGCAAACAGCCUGAUCCUUCAAAGAGUGAAUAUAAUACAUACAGCAUGCAGACAGUGUCAGGAAAUUCACUUGCUGCUCAGUUAAGCAUUAGAGCGGCCGAGGCACCUGAUUUAAGUGGUUUUUGAAAGUGUGAUUGUUGGUGCCAGACAUGGAGGUUCCAGCACCUCUCCAGAAGCAGACUCUCCUGGGAUUUUCCCACACCACAGUUUACAGAGGAUGGUGUGAUGAACAAAGAACAUUUAGUCAAUGGCAUUUCUGAACACACAGCUCAUCUGGGAUCAAAAAUGGGUUGUAUCUUCUACUAGCCUGGUGAACAUCAUAAAGUGGCAACUGACUCUUCAUUGCAUGUAACAAAAAUCUUGAGUUACAAACUGGUCAGAAGUAAAUGUUUUUUUUUUUUUUCAUUUCAACUGAAAUAACACUGUGCAUUUGUACCUGUAACUAAGGAUGAGAUGUGAUACUCAAAACUCUUCAUCAUGUCAUAAAACGUCACUAAAUCAGUGUUUCCCGAUUGGACUUUGGGGACCCACAAAGCUGGAAGGGAGCAAAAAUGUGGACUGUCUCGCAAGGGAGCGCAGAAGAAGCAAAAACAUGGACUGGCUGUGGUUCUACGAGGACCGGAUUGGGAAACACUGUACUAAAUGUAUGUACUCAGGGUAACCGUGAACACUUACGCGUACUACGUCAUGAUCUCUCUCAUUACCUCAUUCUACAAAAAUGACAGCAACUGAUGGAAUAAGCUUUGUAUUAUUAGACAAACCGUGUUGCAUUAUACCUUUAAUUAGACUUUGAGCUGGUUUGAAUUUUUAGGUUUACUACUGUGAAAAGACUGACAGCACAGUGGAUCCCCAAAGCCAGAAAAUAUUAACUUCUGCAUUGGAGAUAUGCAAAACACCGAAUUUCCUUUUACAAAUAACAAUUUUUAAAACAUGUUUUUUAUAAUACUGUCUGAAUCUCUAUAGCAAUUGUGUACAUAUAGAAAAUUCUACUUUUUAAAAGCCAUAUGAAUAACACAGAUAGCCUUUGUUAAUGUGAACAAGUAUUCGACGAAUAAAAUUUGAAUAACUGCA